AUGAGCGACCAGAUCACUCACCCAACCAUCAAAGAUGGCUGGUUCCGCGAGAUCAACGACAUGUGGCCUGGCCAGGCCAUGAUGCUCAAGGUGAACCAGGUCCUGCACCACGAAAAGUCCAAGUACCAGGACGUCCUCAUCUUUGAGUCAAGCGAUUACGGCACCGUUCUCGUCCUCGACAACGUGAUCCAGUGCACAGAGCGCGACGAGUUCUCGUACCAGGAGAUGAUUACUCACCUUGCCAUGAACUCGCACCCCAACCCUGAGAAGGUUCUCGUCAUUGGUGGCGGCGAUGGCGGCGUGCUCAGAGAGGUCGUCAAGCAUGAGACGGUCAAAGAGGCCAUCCUCGUCGACAUCGACGAGGCCGUUAUCCGGCUGAGCAAGAAGUACUUGCGGGGCAUGGCCGUCGGGUUCGAGCACCCGAAUGUGACGGCGCUGGUUGAGGACGGAUUCAAGUACCUGGCGGACCGCAAGGGCGAGUUCGAUGUGAUCAUUACCGAUUCGAGCGAUCCUGAUGGCCCAGCCGAGGUCCUGUUCCAGAAGCCGUACUUCCAGCUGCUGCACGACGCCCUGCGCGAAGGUGGCGUGAUGACCACGCAAGCUGAGAACCAGUGGCUCCAUCUUGAGCUCAUCACCAACCUGAAGAAAUCCUGCAAGGAGAUCUUCCCCGUCGCGGAGUAUGCGUACACCACUAUCCCAACGUACCCGAGCGGGCAGAUUGGCUUUAUGGUCUGCUGCAAGGAUCCAAACCGCAACGUCAAGAAGCCUCUCAGGACUUGGUCAGAGGAAGAAGAGGAGAGGCUGUGCAAAUAUUACAGCAAGGAGAUCCACGAGGCUGCGUUUGUCCUCCCGAACUUCGCACGCAAGGCUUUGCGGUGA